UCUACACUGGUCGCCAGCCUCUUUAACCUCCCAGAGGCAAGGAAGAACUUUUAAUCACUGAUAAUCCUUUUGUUUCAGGUUUCGCUGCUGCCGUCGGAUCACCGCCUUCCCUCAGGAUCGUCUCAUCGCCUGUCGUCGGAUCACCGCCUCACCCAGGAUCGUCGCAGUUCACAGGAUAUCACCAGGUAAGUAUCUUUUCAACUAAUUUAUUUUCACUGAACGUAGUCUAAUUCCCUUUCUUUAUUUUCAGAUUCAACAGGAAUAUACGAAUCAGGAUUUCGUGCAAGAACGUAGCAGGUUAAUCACGAAAGUUUGAAACAAUGUUUUUGUUUGUAACACACAAUAAAAUUUAUUGAAAAACUUAACCACUAUAACAGUCUUCCGUCCGCGUCGCUUCACUUCACAUUCGUGUUCGGAUGUUCGUUAAUAUGUCUCUCUGUGUGUAUCACAAAUCUCCCGAACGCGACGCUUAUUCACAGUUUUGUCCGGUGUGUAACUUAACGCGAGGAAUAUCUUGGAUCGCUCACGUAACGUCGCCUACUCGCAUUCAGCGACCUUUGGUAUUUCGCGUACAAACGCGAGGUUAUGUUUCACGUCGCUCGCUUCGCUUUUUAAUGUCUCGCGCACUUACAUUCGACAGCGUCGACUUCGCGAAUCGUGAAUCAAUUACGCCCUUGGUAACGCGGCGCGUCGCCCGCGGAACGGUGUAGCACUCGUUGUUUUGCGCGCACAACUUACACGCCCGAGUCGCGUACAAAAUCGCGGGAAUCUCUCGUAACACACGACGAUGUGUUCGCGUUGAGAGAAUCACGAAAAAUCGUUGGUGGGAGCACGCGUCGCACGGUUUUAUUCACGCAGUCUCCCCGCUCGACUCCCUCCGCCAAUGAGAGAGUUUCGUUCGCUCGCUCGCUCUGCUCGACCAAUCCCGCUGCAGCGUCGUUCCCUCCGUGGUCUUCGUCGAAUAGGAACUCGCCCCCCUGCUGGUAUCGAUCGCUUAGCUGGUCUGGCCAAUCCUCGGAGACGUGCCUGUCUUCGCUCCCCUCCACUCGGAAUUGAGCCAAUGGUAUCAUUCGAGCUGUGUCGCUCGAGCUGCGAGUACGAGAGCAGUUCGUGGCACUGAAAAGUGCCGAUAUCUUCGUAUCGAUUAUAUAUUUAUGUAUGUGCACCGCUUAUGUGCACCAGGUGCACUUUCAGUGGCACCGGAUUUAUUAUUUGCUUUAAACUAACUUACUAUCUAAAUAAAAGUCUUUAUAAAAAUAUAAAAUAUAUAUAUAUGCUUAUACAUGCCAAAACGCAAAUGAGAUAAUGACUGGUUACGCAACUGCGCAGCACAUGCACAACGCGUACGUUAACAAAAGAAAUAUUUAAGCGUAACAGAAUAAUUAAUAAGGUAAGUAAAAAUACUCUUGCAUGCGUAUAACAAGCCUUGGCAUGAUUCGUCCCAGUGUGUAGAUUAUUAUUACUAGGAAUUAUAAGAAUAUUAAUAUCAAAAAAUUAUAGAAUAACGAAUAAGUUGCGCUACUCGCAUUCGCGCUUAAUCUGACGUUUACGCAGUAACUAUUACUAUGUCGCGUAUCACGUAUUUCGCUUACUUGAAACGAAUUUAAACUUUGAUGACGUUCCACACGCCCUUUGUCAAACAAAAGAAAUAAUAAACUUUUUAAACUUAUCAGAAGAUAAAACUGAAAUUUUAUAAAAUAAAUGAAUUUAAAAAAUUUAAUAUAUAACGCGUUAAUUCCGCGUAUUUCGCGCUUCGUUGAACGCUUAUCGCUUCUUAGAACGCUCGUGCAACCUUUCCAACCUGAUUGCAGGUCUUCUCGUCUCCGCCCGAUCAGCUGAGCUGCUAGCUGCACCGGUUGCUGCACUCGUAACGUCCUUCUGCGCGCUCGUGGAUGGCGUCGGGGAAGAUUCCUUUCGACCACCUCCUGGAGGCGGUUUCAAGGUUAGGUUGUCACCGGGGAAUCGAUGGGGUAAAGAACUUACUUUGGAAAUUUACGAACUCACUAACCUUUGAUCGAUGUUAUUAUGUCUCUGUACGGUCGCCAGCUCCUUUAUCCUUUCAAGAAGCAAGGUGUAGUCGCAGGGACGUUCCUUUGUGUUCCCCGCUGGUUCCAGGCUGGUUGUCCCAAUCGUGGGUCAGGAUGGUAAUGUACCUUCACCUCCCAGGUUCCACGUAACCUAGUUUGCUUAUUUAGCUCGGAUUGUGCCUAGGCUCUUUCUAACUUAUUUCUCUUUUUUAUUUUCAGGUGCUGAUGUCCCCCAGGUUCCGGAUCACCGCUGGAUCGCUGCUGCUCUACAGGAUCGGUCGUCAGGUAAGUAUUUAGGGUAUGUUGACUCUACGUCUCCCGUUGUUAAAGAACAGAUCUAUUGUCAGGUCUCCCAGGGAUCACUCGUCGGAUUCAGGAACAUCAAACACGGGUAAGUAAAUCACUGUUUCUUUGGUUAAUAAAUUAACAAAAGAUUUAUUUUCUUUGAUUCACAAUGUUCCGGUCGCGAUGCUUUAAUUCACACUCGUUUACGGGUAAACUAAAACUAACGCGUUUGCUUCGCAUAAAAUAUAAUUAUCAAUAUUCGUUAAACAAUGUGUUAUAACUUAAUACACAAGGCCUACUAGCAUUCGGCCAGUCGAAAUAAACCAUUUAUAACGCGAAGAGAGUUGUCACGCACUCCGCGGAACUUUCGCGAAAAGUUCCCCUACUCGCAUUCGGGUAAACCUUUGAUAUCGUUAAAACGUAACGUGGAUGUUGCCUCGAUGAAAGACAAGGCGCGAAAAGCUCAAGAGGCUUUGCAGAGCCCCGUUUUAUACUCCCGGCGUAUGCGCAUUCCCUCCAUGCUGUCGCCAGCCAAUCGGGUUCGCGGGCGUGGUUUGGGUGUUCGGCACCCGCAGAGUACUCGAUACCCCCACCUUGUGCCCAUUCUAGGCCUCUAGCGCCAUCUGGCGAAGUUUGGCAAAACUGCACUUUUAAGUGCCACCUGUUGAUUUUAGGUGCAAUUUGUCAAACUUGACCUUUUGUUAUGAAAUUAUGUAGGAUGGUAAUUUGCGCUUGUCUUUGCUUAUUUCUACGCAAAAUCUAAACAUAAAUGUUAUAAUUAAGGUUUUAGGUUAGUUUAAUUAACUAUAAAGGUAAGUAUAUAAAUAUAUAUAAAGUUAGCAUCUAGAGUUAGAAUAUAAGGUACAUGCGCAUCGUAAUGCCUAAACUAAACGAUAUAAGUAUUUAAACUAAAUUUUAUUAAGUAAUAUUAUUAAGGUAGGUUCACACUAUUUUUUAUUAAGGUUACAAAGGUAAUUAUUAUAUGUGGUUAUCUUAUUACUAAACUGAUUAUAAAGUAAAUAUCACACGAACAAUAAAACUAUUAAAUAUGAACUAUAAGGGGUGUGUUCCGAUGAAGCUCCGUCAGUUUUAGGUAGUUAGGUUGGUACUGCUUAACUGACGGAACUACCGGAAAAUCGUUCCGCAUCAGCCCGUUUAGUGAAAUCUCGAAUAUUCCGAAUAACCUAAUCUAACCUAAAACUAGCCUCAUUUACUUGUUGAUCAGUUCUUUUUGUAUUUAUUAAUAUUUAUAAUUUUAUAAAAAUUCUUACUAUGGAAAAGAAUAUAGAAUAAUUGAUUCUUCAGGAUGAAAGUGAUGAGAUAUAUGAAAUAAACGUUUCUCAAAAAACUGCUGAGAAGGCAAGAAAAGAUAUAAGAUUUGCUACGCAGCUAUUUAAUGAACAUAAAAAGUCAGUGGCAAAUCAGUCUUUGAAUACAUUAAGUACUACUUUUGUUAAUGAUUUAUCAAGUAUGCAAUCUUCUGAAAGUGAAGAAUUGACUUCUCUUCAACUUUAUGAUGAACAGACAAAAAAGAAUUAUAAUUUAUUGGUGUCCGAGAGUAUUCGAAAUCAAGCACAAAAUGAUACGGCAUUGGCCACGAAAUUGUUAGAGCAGCACAAGUCUACUCUAAAGCAAGACAAUUUAUUAACUCAUAAUUAUAAAUCUGGAAAUGUAAAAUUAAUUAAUAAUUUAAUGGAUUCUUCAGUCAAUGAGUCACAUAAUUCCAGUGAUGACAUUGAUGAAAGUGAUGAAGAAAACAACUUUCAUUCAACGAAAAGUAAAAAACCUAUCCGCUGUAAGUGGUCUGAAAAACAAACUUUACUAUUGUUAAGUUCGUACAAACAAUUCGAUGAAUUACUUAUUACUGGAAAUAUAACACAUAAGAAGUUCUGGAGUAACAUUUGCAAAAGAAUGUUACUAGCUUUACAGGGUUAUACCUUUACAGUCCAGCAAUGCAUAAAUAAAAUGGAUUCGCUAAAAAAGAAAUAUAAAUAUGUCAUUGACCAUAAUGCCCAGAGUGGUAACGACAGAAAAACAUGUGAACAUUAUGAAUUAUUGGAUGAGUUAUUUCAUAACAAAGCGUGGGUAUCUCCAUUGUCUGUGGCAGGAUCAAAUAUUCCAUUAGGUCAAAUACAAGAUAAAGAAAAUAAUGAUAAACAUAAUUGUAAACGACAAAAGCUUCAAGUGGAAGAAAUGAAAUUAGAAUAUUUAAAACAAGCAAUGGAAGAUAAACGUUUACGUAGAGAAGCAACAGAGCAAUACCGACAGCAGAAACUUAAAGUUAUCAAUAAAUUAGUACAAUUAUUAGAAUCAAAAAAAGAUACUGUUUGGGAUUCGACGUUAACAUAAUGUUUUCCGAUAAACAAAAAUAUUUGUCUCUAGUCGUGAAAUUGUUAUCGGGAAUUCGUCAUCUCAUCUCGCCGAGCCGGAGCGUGGACCCGUGGAUUUCACACGUCCACGCCGUGAUCGCGUGAGGUACCGGGCCGAUCAGCUGCUUGCUCUUUCCCGAUCUUCACCUCCUAACAACGAAUAUCGGGGGAGAGUAAGGCGCGUUACCGAAUUUCGGCGCGAAGUUGAGUCAGUCUUGUGUCUGCUCUUGAUCGCCAAGCCUCUCUCAAUUCUCUAACGUUCAUUACUCGGGGUAUCCCUCGACUAGAUUAUCAAUUUCGAAUCUCAUUCACGUUUGAGUUAAGAUCUUUCUAUUAUAUUGUGAAAGUGUCGCGAAAUCGCGAGUGCGCGGCGUGCGUUGUGACGUCGCGGGAAGCAACGGUGAUCUCGUGUUCGCGAUCGAACGUCUGCCUCGCGAUUAGUUUUUCGGUCUCGUUCGCGCUCAAGAUCUCCGUCCCGUUGGGGUGUCCUGACAAGCGCCCGGCAAGAUAUCCGCCGCGCAAUUAAAGGCAGAAAGGACAACCGUUCGACCCGAAGAUUUCCGAUCGUUCAUAAUUGACUCGUCGUUCCCGCACGCUCGCGUCUUCCGCGAUUCGCGCAAAUUGUAUGGUUAAUUAUUUAAGAAAUAAAUGGUGCUUCUGACUGUGAAAACCAAUCCUGCCUGUUUUUCAUUCGUGUUUGUGGAACCUCCAGCGAGUCCGCGGAUUCGCGCAACACGUCCUCCGCGCUCAAUUCUGAGCGGUUCCGGCCUCUAGCGCAUCCGGUUGCCGUCGGCAAACGAUUUCGCGCGCACAGAUACAAAUAAUUAGUUUAAGAUGGUUAAGGUUAAGGUUAUACAAAUUAAAAUUAACAAAAUAAUUAGUUAUUUUAAAUGUUUUUUUAAAGACUGAAUUUUUUUUUAAAGUACAGUAUUAUUAAAUAUAAAAAAGCUUAUUGUAUCGCAUAUUACUUCAAAGUGACUAUUUUAUUAAUUUGUGAUCUUAGGUAGUCACUUCAAAGUGACUAUUUUACUAAUUUGUGAUUUUAGGUUGUACGAAAAAAAACUUUAUUAUUAUGCGAUUAAAGUUGUAACCGUGAAUCGUGCUUGUAAAUUAUUAGCGCGGAUAGCCGCGGGAUUCAGGGUCCGGGCGGUGGACUUAGUGAAUAAAGAGACGAGUAUGACGUUCGGUUAACUAUGAUUUAUUAUAACGAUAAUACCCUACGUUAUUACAAUAUAUGCCCUAUUCUAAUAUUUACAGGUUCCCUACUCCAACAACUUAUAACUAAUAUGUACAGGUAGCGCGAAUGUCGUGAUGUGCGAGCGCGUACGGUGCUCCGAUUGGCCGUGGUGACGGUCGGUGUUUUAUUGGCGGUCGCGGGCGGUCUUGCAGAUCGCGGCGUUCGUGGCGGAAUCGUUCUGCCGUGCGGCGUCUGUGUCGGCGGCGACGGUGCCGGGAUUGGCCCCUUGCGUCGGUCGCGCCGGCGUCGUGCGGAGUGUCGCUAUGUCGAUCGGCCCGGCCCCGUGAUUGGCUACGGCGGUGCGCGGCUGCGCGGUACUCGCGGUGCGGUAGACGGCGGAGCGCGUGCUUCGGCGGAGUCAGCUGUUUGUCGACAUCAGCUGUUCGCGCGGUCGGUGAUCAUCUCGCGAGGAUGAUCUUCGCGGUGCCGGUUAUCCCCUCACUCCGGGGUCCCCGGCGGUGGUGCGGAACCACUCACCUCGUGGUCGGGACGAGGAUCGUGUCGGUGUGUCGCCGCUCACUCCGCGACUCGGGAGGCACUCACUUCGUGCCGGUGGGAUUUUAGGUUAGGUUCGCACUCAAUCCGUGCUCCGGGAGGCCAGGCUCACUUCACCUGGAGGAAACGAUCAGCUUAGUCCGCUGAUCGGGAAGAUCUGCCUUUUCUCGAUCGGUGGAGGGUUUUUAUACCCUCCACAGGAUGACGAAAGGGGCAGGAGAGUAAGGAGCGGGGUGCCUACGCGAGGUAGAGGGUAACGGCCUCGUAUGUUUUUACCGGCUUAUCCCGGUCGCGGAUAACGGCUCGUUACACCUCCC